AUGAUCCUCAUCCCUCCAGACCCGGUGCUGCUCCACUCCCACCGCGCAGACAGACAGACAGUGGGCUCGUCCUCACUAUGGGGCACCUGUGGUCCGGCAGCAGCGCGUGAUCGCUGCACAUCUGGACAGAAAUCGGGACUUCUUCCAGAGCUUUUUCCUGGAUGCAUCAUGCAUCAGCCCGGGCUGAUGGGCGGCGGCGGGACAACUCGCACCCUGGUGUCGGCGUGCCUGGUGUGCGCCUGCGAGGCGGCUCGCAGCUGCGGGGAGGUCCAGUGCGGAGACAACCAGCAGUGCUGCGCGUCCAACCGCACCGGAACCGGCACCGGGACCGCCGGCGCGGCGGAGUACUGCUGCAAGCUGCCCAUCCACGUGUUCUUUGACAACGUCGGCUGGAUCACGCGGAAGCUGUCGGGCAUCCUGAUCCUGUUGCUGCUCUUCGCCAUGGGGUACUUCAUCCAGCGGAUCAUCUGCCCCCGGCCCCGCCGGGACCAGAACCACGAGCACUGCGAGGAGCCCUCCCUCUCCCACGGCCACGCGUCCGCCUCUCAGGACUCCCUGCUGGAGCGCUACCCCGAAUACAGCGUCGGGGGGUUCACCUCGCCCAACCUGCCCGCCUACGACGAGGUGAAAUACCUGCCCACGUACGAGGAGAGCAUGCAGGAGAUGCACAGGGACCGCUCGGAUGAGAACUUGCUGUCGGAGCCCAGAGGACCGAGGUCCACGGGGCAGAGACGGGACCUGCUGGGACUGCAACAAAGCCCAAGGACACCUCGGAACUCCGUUUGAUGGAUAUGGACUCCUCAAUAGAACUCCAAAUGGAUCAGUGAUCAAACUCUCUUUCUGAAUGUAAGAAUAAAAGAAGAGACUGAGAAAAUGUCCUUAACAAUGGGGCUCUGCUGGCCUUUUGUAUGCAAAUGAACCAAAAAGGGAUUAUUGGAGAAACGCGCUCAGGGCUGCAGCGCGUUUGGCUGUGGCGCAAUCGCAUUAAGUUUUACUGCAGCAUCUCACUUUUAGCGUGAAACAUUCCUCCCAUCAAACUCCAGCUCUUCUCUUUUCCUUGAUGCUCAUUUUUCAGCUGGACCUGAAAAUUCCCAUUUUACAGUUCCAUGAUUUGCAUCCAAGAAAGACCCAAUUUCUGCUUGGAUACUAUAAAUAUUAGGGGAGUAACGAUUAAUCGGUAAAUCGAUUAAUUAGAUCCAACUAUUGAUAUGUCUGAGGCAAGUUGUUAGGGGUGUGUAUCUUUCCCUCUCACACAAUACGCGUCUCGAUACAUAAAGGAUUCAACUAACUUUUCCAAUUCUUUUACCAAAAACACUAAAAUCUAGAUUAUUCUCAUUCAUAUGGAAUUUAAAGCUUUAAAUAAUAAUGCAUAGCAUUUAACAGAGAAAUGUAUUCAGGUAUUGACUUGGGAGAAGCAAGCUCAUGGCUGGACGUCUUUUUGUUUCCAUCGCAUGUAGAUAAAAAACACAAAGAUGGUAGAAAAAACAGAAAGAGAAACUGCAGUUUGCCAGAAAUUAUUUACGUAUUGAUUGAUUUUAUAACUUUAACAAACAUAAUCUUGUUCAUAUGUGUGGUUUUCUAACAAUCCUGUAGUUGUUUAAUCAGUUUUUGAUAAGUAUCUACUUUUUGCAUUCCUAACCAAUGCUGAUACUCCCACUUCCUGAUCGAUUUUUCAAUACAUAUCUAAUAUCGUUGACAUCCCUACAAGUUGUUGACCGAAUCCACUAUAUUGUUAUAAAAUUGUUUCAAAAUGAAAUAAACCGUAUCAAGUUCAGUA